AUGGCGAUUCCUUCUUCUUGGGUAGUCAGAGACAAUGGAUCCCUCUUUAAGAGCUGCAAUUUAUCUUCCAAAUACAAAACCAAAUUCAGAUCCAAAUCCUCCCUCUUAAACAGCUGCAAUCUAUCUGCCAAAUACAAAACCAAAUCGAGAUUCAAAUCGAGAUCCAAAUCCUCCCUCUUAAACAGCUGCACUGAUAUAUCUGCCAAAUCCAAAACCAAUUUCAAAACCAAAUCGAAAUCCAAAUAUUCAGACAGUAGCAAAGCUCUUGGCAACGCCGAAUCGAAAUUGAUCAAAUCCGCUAAUGCUCAACCCAAGUGCAUGUUCCUGUUGAGGCAGGAACAUAAGGAAACCCACGAUUACUGUGUAAUCUCAACCGAAGGCAACUCUUUCAGAGUACUAGACGAGGAUGAUGAUGAUCUUCCUCGCAACUUAUUGCCUCUAUUGACAGCUGAAAACUCCAGUAUCCCUUGGAGUCAUAAGUCCUAUGUCGUUCUUGAAAGUUGCGGCUCAUUGAUUUUGUUGCUAUUUAAGCCAAUUCAUUCCAAGCCACAGUAUCUUGUGUGGGACAUGGAGAUGGAUACGUGUAGAUACCGUUUUCCACUCGUUUCCCCUGGAAGAGAGGAUGAAGAUCUGUGGGCUUGUGGCCUGGGGUUUGAUCCUUCAUCCGGACACUAUAAGCUGGUCGUAUGUUGGACGGACUACUUCGAUAACGUGUACGCUGAGAUGUUGUCCCUCGGAACUGGUUUGUGGAAGGCCGUUCAUUAUCCUUUUGACUUUUUUAUAUCCCCCACAAGGUUCCCCUCUAUUCACAUUAAUGGCUUCUGCUAUUGGAUAGCUGCGGGGUUUCGGGAUCGUUCUGUUGCUAUUAUGUCCUUCGACUUUGCUAGAGAAAGGUUUGGUGCUCUUAUCCCUCUGCUCGAGGGGGAAAAGGUGAUGAGUUUCUCCAACCUGAGUGUUGUCCUAGUCGAGUUUCAGGGGUCGCUCGCAGUUGUUUGUUGCAAUUCCUCCAAGGACAUUAAUCCUUUUAUUUUCGAGAUUUGGGCUUGGAAUGCGCGAGGCAGAUUCUGGUCCCUUGUCUCCACAUUCGAUAUCCCUGCAGCUGCUCAUCCUCGUGCGGUGCUCAACCUCUACAACAAUGAUAAAUUAUUUUUUGAGGACUUCAAAGGUGACUUGCUGCUUUAUGAUCUAGCUACCAGACGGCAGGAGAAUCUCGGGCGCACUUUUGAUGGAAGGGAUUUCUGGUUUUUCCCUUAUGUCAAGAUCUGUGUUGGUCCUUGUAGAAAGGGAUAA